AUGGUUCUGCGAAGAUGCUCGAUAUGCGAUCGAAACUUCACCAAGGCAGAACAUUACCUCCGGCAUCAGAGGUCUCAUACCAAAGAGCGACCCUAUGAGUGUGUGACAUGUAAAAAACGCUUCUCGCGCAGCGAUGUGCUCUUUCGACACAGCAAGCUACAUAAUCAACAGGCUUCUGAUGAGCGUGGAGACUCCACAAAUCUCUCAGCUGGAGCUGCCAGAGGAACACUCUCGAAUGGAUCCAUGGCACCUAUCCCGGAAGGAGAAACAAUUCCUCAUGCCUGCUUCAAUCGCUCGGAAAGACCAAGCUUCGCCCAACAGCAACCCUACGUUGAUACGAAUAUGGGCCACUCUCGUCACAUGUCUAUGCCUGACAUAUCUCUCGUGAAUCAACAAUAUAACAUGAGUUCACAACAACAUGGUCCCAUACCUCAACUUACACCAUCGCACACCUAUGCAGGGCCCGAGUACACGCCAGUACAGGAGUUUACACCGGCUGUCUCAACACCAGCAAUACCGUCUCAUGCAUACGACCCACAGUUGGUAUCAAUGGGUCAUACUCACAUGGAUGGGCUAAUUCCAGGGCCCUUCGGAGUGGGAGGGAUGCCUCUAGAUUCACCGGGACAGUCUCAAGACAUGUUGCAGUUCUGGCUAGCGCAAGCGGACAGUGAUUUGGGAUACGGCGCCAUGACCUUGCCGGACAUUACUAGCACCCCAUAUACACCCGACCAUAGAUACGGGAUGGCACAUCCACCGGUACAUCGAGCUGCAACAUCAGAGACCAGCGAUACGGCGUCAACGGGCAAUAUCCCGAACGAGCGGUUUGCACGGGUGGAGAGCUGUUGGUUAGCCAAGAAUCACGGUAACCACCAUCUCGCUCCAUCACUCUGGUCUGAUGUCGUGCGCUGUCCGGGGCCAAAUUUGUUUUCUACUGGUAUCCCGCAGACUCGAGAAAGGUUAGAGGGUCGCUGGGGCGUAAGUGCAGCAUUGCGGUCUCAACUAGAAGCCGAGUUUGGCCAAAGGGUUCACCCUGUGGAUGCUUCCGCCAAACGGCCUGGAAACUUCCCGCCUGCGGAGGUACUGGAGAUCUGUUUGGAUCACUACUUUCGCCGUUUCCAUCCAAUUGCUCCGUUCAUCCACGUUCCAUCGUUCGACGCUUCAAACACCCCUCUUCCUUUGCUAUAUGCCAUGUGUAUGCUUGGGCUCAGUGUGUUGGAAUCGAGUAAUGGCGGCAGUUUUAUCUCUAAUGCUUUCACGAACUUGUUGCGAAGAGUACAUAAUGAUCUCGCGCUAGACGCGAUUAAUCCUUCGGCUCCGCAUGCACGUUUGGCCAUUUUCGCGGCUGGCUUUCUGACUCUUUGUCUAGCUGGAUUUUCAGGAGACACAGAUCGUUUGGCGCAGUCACAGACUCUCUAUGCGACGCUGAUAGCUACAGCCCAGAGGCAGGGGUUGUUCUGUGCCGGCGAAGUCGGUCUUGAAGACAUGGCCACUGACAUCAGCGACGAGAAUCUGCGAUGGCUAACGUGGGCUCGUGUCGAGAGUGCCAAAAGACUCAUUGUAGCAUUGUUGACCACCGAUUGGUGGUACUCUGCAAACUCUUCUGUCAGCCCAGCCAUACGCCCAGAGACACUUCAGGUUUGCUUGCCAUGCGACGACAUCCUGUUUGCUGCCGAAUCUGCACCACGGUGGAUUCAGCUCCAAGGAAUGGGGAAAAGAAUGUCCAUGCCGAUGAUCAAACCCCGGACUUUCAGUCUCGAAGGAGCUUUGGAUCCGAUCAUAUUGCUUGAUCCCCCUUUGGAUGCUCCUGGGCAGUACACUCUCCUUUCCGCCAUAAAGCUCUGCGUAUGCGAUGCUCAACACCGACACUUCUUGCCUACGGACGAGUGGGAGAGACAUGACCACUUGAUACCAUGGGAGACGUAUCAAGACGACCUGAGAGCGCGAUCUCUGGUGCAGACUACGCUGGCACUUGCGCCUGUAAUAACAGGCUCUGCAAAGACUGCGGACCUCAAUUCUCUUCUCUUAUGGCACAAUUUGUGUUUGACCCUAAACGCCAACAUGCAGAUCUUUGAACUUGCCGCAGGUCGAGCAGGCGCCGGGCCAGCUGGCAAAGCUCUCGCAGAUGUGGAAGAUUGGGCUCGCACGCCUUCCGCACGUCGUGCUUGUGUACAUGCUGCACAAUCUUUCAAACUGCUCAGCAACCGCAAAGUCUCGGAAAGCAUUACACUGAACUCGAUGUCCGCUCUGUUCUGCUCUGCUCUUGUUCUCGGUCUGUAUCUCUUCACAGUGCCGAGUACCGAAGCUGAGACCGCACCUCCGUUGUACGAGUUGAUGGACGAUGUCGACUGGACUGUCGUGGGGAAUGCAGGUAUGGCAGAAAGCUCUCCUGGAAACAGCCCAGGCAUGAUGUUCGAAUCUUCUCAUGCUUCGAAUGUGACCCGUACGUUCAUUGAAGCAGGCGGCCCUGUCUCGAUCAACGGAGUUGUUGCUACCAGUGGAUUCCAGACUGCAAGACGUACGCUGUUGGACUUUGCACACUUGAUGGAUGGAAUCGGAACGUGGAAACCACGGAACUUGUCACGAAUCCUGCACAUCAUGUCUGAUGUGUUGGAAGAGUCUCUUUAG